AUGCUGUCUCCAGAGACUGUGGAGCUGGUCUGGCGAUCACGAGUCCUCUUGAGGGAGCGUCCUUCCAUCGAGCUCCCCGCCGCGCUGCUAUCUUCCAUCUGCGACGGUUUCGGGCCCGCAAAUCUCGAGGGGAUUUUCCGCGAGAUUCUCACGCUUCGACCAAACACCGUCAUCCCGGAAAAUGUUCUCCUCUCGCUAACGGGCCCGGACUGGGACGAUGACAAGCUGGCCACAUUCCAGCUUCUUCUCACGCAUGAGCCCCAGGUCCCAGGGACGGAGCGCGUACUGGAACAAGUCGUCGCCCUGGGAUUCCGCUCUAUCCACCUGCUCCAGUCCAUUCUCCAUGCUCGACCAUCACUUCGAUUCAAACCAUCCGUGAUCUGCCAGAUUGCCUACUACAGGAAUUCUGCGCUUGGUCCCGAGGAGUACGGAAAGAUCAUGCGUGAGGCCUUAGCACGAUCCAAGGGCUUUCCUUUGGGCGAGAGUGAGAUGCUUGCGAUCAUAGACGGGUGCUGGCCCGACAGUCUCGGGACCAUAUUGUCGGAGAGACGGAACGCAGUGGCCACGGAACGAGUCAUUGCGCACCUCGUAGGCCACCGGACUCCAAACUGGGACUGUGGUGCCAACGUUCCGGCCUUCGAUUUGUUGUUGGAUCAGGCGGGCGUGUCCGAGGCUAGACGUCCGGAAUGGGAACUUCGCUUUCCGGAUCUAGGAGGCCAGUGCCACCAUCCACAGGGUGAAGUCUCCGCUCCCGCCGGCUCCUCUAGGAUUGAUUCCUUGUUCAGGAACGAGUCUGAUGAUGAGGAUGAGGAUGAUGAUAAAAGCGAGAGCUCAGUGUAG